CACCUGAGGCAUCACCUGACUACACAUUCAAACCCCUGUCAUGUGACUUUGAGGAUGACAUAUGUUCAUGGACUGAUGACCAAUCAGAUGACUUUGAUUGGAGGCGUGGUCGAUCAGGUGACAGUGGUUGGGGAACAGGUCCUAGUCAAGAUCAUACCAGUGGAACGGGAUACUACUUGUAUACCCAGUCUGGGAAUCAUUACUAUGAAAGUGCAAGGUUGAUCUCCCCCGUGCAAGAUGGAAGGACCGAACCCGUCAUAUGCCUCCAGAUGUGGUAUAACCUGAAUGGGGAGAAUAUGGGCUCACUCAAAAUCAAAUGGAGGGGUGAGAAUGACAAUUCAGAUGGAGGGACAUUGUGGAUGAGAGAAGGGAAUACAGGAGAUUUCUGGCAGAUUGCAAACAUUGACUUUUACCCACCUAAGGAUCUUUUUGAGUUCCAAAUAGAAGGGACGAUUGGUGAUAAUAUUUUCAGUGACAUGGCAAUCGAUGAUAUCACAGCCUACCUUGGACCCUGCCCAGCAACAAGGAAAUGUGACUUCCGUUAUGAUAUGUGCGGUUGGAUGCAGGAGACUGUCCUAGAUGAUUUUGAUUGGUCAAGAGGUACAGGGUUUGACUAUCCUCGACCGGGAAUGAAUCUUCCUGAUCACAGCCUUGGAACACCUAAUGGUUACUUCAUCUAUGCAAACCACUCUGAGAUGGUUAGUGAAGAAGAUCGAGCAAUCCUGUACUCCAAAGAUAUCCCCGCAACGUCUGAGGGUGACUGUAUGACUUUCUGGUAUCAUCAUAAAGGAUUGAGCACUCUCAGGGUGUGGGAACGUGUUGGUAAUACCUUGAUAGGACCGUACUGGGAGACACAACCUGGUGGACUCUUCAAUGAUUGGAUGAUGGAUAGGGUCACACUGAAGGCUACUUCUUCUUUCAAGGUUGCUUUUGAGGCUGUGAUUGGACCCACUUUAGAUGGUGAAGAUGGAGAAAUUGCAAUUGAUGAUAUCAAUCUAGAAAUAGGGCCAUGCGUGGCACAAGGUUUCUGUGACUUUGAAGAUGAUACGUGUCUAUGGGAUAAUGUGUACGGUGGUGAUGAUUUGAAUUGGUAUAGAAACCAAGGAGGUACUGAUACCAGUAACACAGGACCAGAUGUGGACCAUACCACCGGAAGAUACCAAGGAUGGUACAUGCUGUUCCCUGUAGGCUUCGAGGCUGAGGGUCGUAGAGCAUGGUUUGUCAGUGAACCACAACCUCCUACCCAGGGUGGCUGUUUUCAAUUCUGGUAUCACAUGUAUGGUGAACAUAUAGGAGAGCUGAAUGUAUAUGCUGAAGAUCUGGUUAGUGAAAUCAGAGGAUUGGAGUGGAACAUGACAGGUAACCAAGGCAACCAAUGGGUCAAAGGUCAAAUCAACCUGAACCAGGUUACUGCAUUUAGUAUUAUCUUCGAGGGCGUCGUUGGGACGGGUUCUACCGGUGAUAUUGCUAUUGAUGAUGCAUUCUUCUUGCCUGAUCAGACCUGCAAUGACACUAGUCCUGUCAACUGUGAUUUUGAAGAUGAUUGGUGUGACUAUUCCCAAGAUGACAGUGAAGAUUUUGAUUGGAGAAGAAUACAAGGCACAUCUCAACCUGAUGAUAAGUAUCCUAAGAUUGAUCAUACGCUGGGAGAUGGUACAGGCUGGUACAUUUACAUUGAUACGUCCUCCCAGUCAACUGGUGACAUUGCCCGUAUUCUCACCCCGCUCCAACCCGUUACAUCACAACAAUGCCUCAUUCUAUGGUACCAUAUGUUUGGUGCCUCACUAGAAACUUUAAAUAUCUAUUUAAGAAGGAAUGAUGCAAAUGAUAGCUAUGUUGGUGAUCUAGUAUGGACAACACAAGGUGAUAGAGCAGAUCAAUGGAUUGAAGCACAGAUAAGUGUUGCUGAAGCUGUGCCUUACCAGGUUGUAUUUGAAGGACGAGUUGGUAGUGCUUUUACUGGUGAUAUAUCUUUAGAUGACAUCUCAAUGAUUCACGGGUACUGUCCAGGAACACCAGGUUGUGAUUUUGAGGAUCCAUUCCUAUGUGGUUAUUUACAAGAUAGUAGUGAUGAUGACAUCGAUUGGAUCUACUGGCAAGGAUCAACACCUACACCUAACACUGGACCAUCAUUUGAUGUAACUUAUGGAACACAAGCUGGGCAUUAUCUGUACAUUGGAUCGGAGGGAACCGCAUCCAAUAGAGCUAGAUUAAUAUCACCACACAUCUCCAUUAAUAACCCAGAUGAGGUCCAUUGCUGGAGAUAUAACUAUCAUAUGUAUGGAGAUGAUGUCUAUGUUUUAGAAUUAGGGGCCCUCUAUGGUAAUAACAGGUACGAAUUCCUCACAAAUCAUCUAUAUGAUCAAGGGAACAAAUGGCACGAGGGCGCUGUUCAAAUCAGUCUACCAGAAUAUGAUCUGGUGUUUGAUGGAUUACUCGGCAGUGGUCUCCAGAGAGAUAUAGCGAUUGAUGAGAUAACAAUGACAAGAACAAGUUGUGAGGAUUGUGAUUUUGAGUCUGAUUUCUGUGGGUGGGUUAAUGCUGCCAACGGUAGAGAUCAACUUGACUGGCAAAGACAAUCAGGAAGUACUACUACACCACAAACUGGUCCUCUAAAUGAUCACACAACACUCUCAGAUACAGGCUUCUAUAUCUACAUUGAUGGUAGUUUUCCCAGUCGGCCAGGAGACAUUGCUAAGAUCAGUUCAACUGUAUCCCUCGUUACCAGAACUCAUACCUGCUUCUCGUUUUGGUAUAUGAUGCAUGGUCAAGAUAUUGGUGAACUGAGACUGCUGAAAACUGAGGCUGGUUUAGAAGAGACGGUAUGGAGUCUCAAGGGAGAACAAAAUAAUGAUAAUACAGUCUGGAAGCAAGGCAAGAUACAAUACAGUGAUGCUCAAGAUAAAGUCAAGAUGGAGUUCUGGGGAAUCGUUGGAUCAAGUGAUUUGAGUGACAUUGCACUGGAUGAUAUCCAGCUCAUUCCUGGAGAGUGCGAUACCUAUCCUCCAGAAGCAGCUGUUGUUCCAACUACAACGCCAGCACCUCCAACUUCUCCACCACCAUCUGGGACGCAAAGCUGUGACUUUGAAAGCGAUACAUGUGACUUUGUCCAGUCCACUGAUGAUGAUUUUGACUGGAGAAGAGGACAGGGCUCAACCUCAACGUCUGGCACAGGCCCAUCAUAUGAUCACACAAGAGGAGAUGCUUUAGGAUCAUACAUAUACACCGAGGGUUUCUUUGUUAAUAGGAGACAUCGCCUAGAAUCACGCCUUUUCCCCAGUACCAUGAUCUCAUGCGUUACAUUCUGGUAUCACAUGUGGGGAUCCACCAUGGGUGACCUGAAUGUCUACGGUAAGGAGGGAACAGCUCUAGGCCAACCUUUGUGGACUAGAGAAGGUUCUUUGGCAGAUCAAUGGUUUGAAGCACAGGUCCAGUAUGCCCCUAAGGCCAACUACAAGAUUGUUUUUGAAGGACUGACUGGGUCAGGACAACAGAGUGAUAUGGCUCUGGAUGACAUUGAUAUACAACCUGGAUACUGCCCAAUGAGUGAAACCUGCACGUUUGAAAACCCUGACAUCUGUACUUUUAAACAAGACUUUGAUGAUGAGUAUGAUUGGACAUGGUUCAACGGACCAACACCUACAUUGUACACAGGACCUUCUGUAGAUGUAACAUACGGAACUAGCUCUGGACACUAUGUGUAUGCCAGUGCCUAUGAGAGAUUAGAGGGAGAUCGAGCUAGACUACAAUCAAGAGAGAUCAUUCAUGAUACCGAUCAGACAGAGUAUUGUGUGUCAUUCUAUUAUCAUAUGUUUGGGACAGAAAUGGGAACACUCAACAUCCGUCUAAAAGAGGGUAACCAAGAAGUAAGCACACCCUUGUGGACUCAGGGUACAGAAGACCUGAGUGAUCACUGGUACAUGGGAGAGGUCAGCCUGUCUAGCGCCCUCACUUUCAGAGUUGUCUUUGAAGCCAUUAGGGGUUCUGGAGACAUGAGUGAUAUAGCUAUUGAUGAUGUUACCAUUUCUAAUGAAGUCUGCCAUGGUCUAGGUGAUUGUGAUUUUGAAAGUGGAAGCUGUCCAUGGGUGAAUAUUGAUAGAGAUGAUCUAGAUUGGAUAACACAGCAGGGCUCUGCUGGUCAUGAUGGUGUUGGUAGCAGUGAUGAUGGUGGUGGUAAAAAUGAUGAUGAUGAUAGUGAUUGUGUUGGUAGCAGUGAUGAUGGUGGUGGUAAAAAUGAUGAUGGUGAUAGUGUUGGUGUUGGUAGCAGUGAUGAUAGUGGUGGUAAAAAUGAUGAUGAUGAUAGUGAUUGUGUUGGUAGCAGUGAUGAUGGUGGUGAUAAAAAUGAUGAUGAUGAUAGUGAUGGUGUUGGUAGCAGUGAUGAUGGUGGUGGUAAAAAUGAUGAUGAUGAUAGUGAUGGUGUUGGUAGCAGUGAUGAUAGUGGUGGUAAAAAUGAUGAUGAUGAUAGUGAUGGUGUUGGUAGCAGUGAUGAUGGUGGUGGUAAAAAUGAUAAUGAUGAUAGUGAUGGUGUUGGUAGCAGUGAUGAUAGUGGUGGUAAAAAUGAUGAUGAUGAUAGUGAUGGUGUUGGUAGCUGUGAUGAUGGUGGUGGGAAAAAUGAUAAUGAUGAGGAGGAGGAGGUUGGUGAUGGCCACUACCUUUUAGUCGACUCUUUAAUUCCUGCUGCCAUCGGUCUUCAGGCACACCUAAUGCUUGGUGCCCCGUCACUGACUGGAGUUAAAUGUCUUCAGUUCUGGUACAUGAUGUACGGUAUGAACAUGGGUCAGCUCCUGGUCUAUACGUCCCAAGCCUCAGACCUAGCCAAUCGGGACCUGGUUUGGAUGCUGGAGGGCCAGCAAAGGUGGUACGUGUAUGCUGAAGCUGAUAUGGUGCUUCCAGGCUCCAAGGCUCGUCUCUUAUCUCCUCUGGAACACGAGUCUGCUGACUACACGGAAACCUGUCUUGAAUUCUACUAUCACAUGUUUGGUGCAGACAUGGGAAAUUUAUAUGUGUACAUAGAGAGGACCGACUUGAAUGAGACAGAAAUGAUUUUGAAAAGAGGUGGAUCUGAUCAGGGUAAUAACUGGUAUGUUGCUCAGGUCAACAUUGGUAUAGAACCAGGAGUUGGUUUCUAUAGGCUUAUUUUUGAAGCAGUACGAGGUGGUUCUAUAUACAGUGAUAUUGCUAUCGAUGAGAUUAAAUAUCAUAACGGAUCAUGCCCACCUAUUAAAACUUGUGGAUUCGAGUCAAACUUAAUGUGUGGUUGGACGAAUGAGAUCUUAUAUGAUAUGUUUGACUGGUCUAGAAACACAGCCUCUUCCUUACGACUAGAUCUUGGGGACCAUACCAAUGGUGUUCCAUCUGGAUACCUGAUAUAUGCCAACCAAGGGAUUCCACGGGUUCCGGGAGACUUUGCAACCUUGCUCAGUCCCACAUACUCUGCUACGGCUACAGGAGAUUGUUUUUCUUUCUGGUAUCACAUCCACGGAGAGAGCGAUGUGGGUAGACUCCGUGUGUAUGAAAGGAUAGAUGGAAACCUUGAAGGUCCUUAUUGGAGUUCAACCGGUGUGAAUGAAGGGGACAACUGGUGGAAAGCAUCAGUCACUCUCAAAUCAAAGUCUCAAUUUCAGAUUGCUGUGGUAGGUGAUGUUGGGAAUGACCCUAAUUCUGAGCUGGCUAUUGAUGAUUUCAAAGUUGAAGAGCAGCCUUGUGCACCCAGGGGUUCCUGUGACUUUGAGAAGGAUUACUGUAGUUGGAUGAAUGAUGUAUCUGGUGACGAUGAGGAUUGGGUGAGACUCAAUGGGGCUUCUACCGGUGGUGGAACAGGUCCAGUCAAGGACCACACCUUAGGGGCAAUGUUGGGUUCCUUCUUGUACACUGACUCAGUUGUUUUUGCGGCUGGUGAGAAGGCAUGGCUAUUGAGUGAGGUUUAUCAAGCUGGGGAUUCUUGCUUCUCAUUCUGGAUUCAUAUGAAUGGUCCGGGUAAUAAGACUUUGAAUCUUUACACCGAGGACCAGUCUAACUAUGUGAAGGACCUCACUUGGACCCGGUCUGUGAACCUAGGUGAUCGUUGGGUCCAAGGCCUGGUCUCACUCUCAAAUCCUGAUGUAUAUAGAAUCAUCAUAGAAGCUCUGUAUGAUGAUGAUGAUGAUGGCAGUAUAGCUCUUGAUGAUACCAUGCUUGCUGAGGGGGGACUCUGUAAUGAGAGUAGUGUUGCUAAUUGUGAUUUUGAAGAUGACAUGUGCGGCUAUGAGCAAGCCGAUGAUGAUGAUUUCGAUUGGACGAGAAACCAAUGGAGGACACCUUCAGAUAACACAGGACCUACCUAUGAUCAUACUACCAUGACAUCUGAGGGUUGGUAUAUGUACAUGGAGUCAUCGAGUCCUAAUCUACAAGACAUGGAAACCCGUCUCAUCAGCCCACUCAUUGAUCUCACAACAAGACUAUGUCUUCAUUUCUGGUAUCAUAUGUUUGGACGUGAAGUGGGGACGUUGAAUGUCCUCACUCUUCGUAAGUCAGCUAAACCAUCAGACAUUGGGUCAGUUGUGUGGACUCGGAGCGGUCAAGUGGGUGACCAGUGGAUGGCAGGGACACUAGUCGUUGGAGAACCAGAGUCGUUCAGGUUGGUGUUCCAAGGAGUCGUAUCUGGUUAUGAGGGUGAUAUAGCCAUUGAUGAUAUCAGCAUGUAUUCAGGAGAUUGCCAAAGAACAUUGAGUUGUGAGUUUGAGGAUCCACAGAUCUGUGGUUACGUUCAAGACUCUAUCACCGAUGAAUUUGAUUGGACAUUCUGGUCUGGAGACACGCCCACUUCAUACACAGGACCCUCUGUUGACGUCACAUACGGAACAAGCUUUGGUCAUUACAUGUACACUGAGUUAUCUGGAAGACAUAGUUUGGGCGAGUCUGCAAAGCUUAUAAGCCCUCAUGUUUCCAUGGAAACCACCCAAACGGUCUGUUGGAGGUAUUACUACCAUAUGUUUGGUCGAGAUGCCGGAGCUUUUACCGUUGCAUACCGCAACAAAGAUUUUGUUCAGAUCACCGUAGCACAAUACCAUGGGAGCCAGGGCAAUGAAUGGAUUGAAGGGCAAGUAGAGGUGACUGAAAACGGAUACGAGAUGAUAUUCAUUGGUACUUAUUACAACGGUGAUGAAGGUGAUAUUGCUUUAGACUCGGUUUCCAUGACACCAGGUCGAUGUAUUGACUGUGAUUUCGAAAGCAGCUGGUGUGGAUGGGUGAACUCUAAUGGAGAUGAUUUUGAUUGGGUGAGAUGGAGGGGGGAAGCAGCGACACCUUCCACCGGUCCUUCAUACGAUCAUACAAAACAAAAUGAAGCAGUGACCCUAGAAAGCUUGGUGAGGUAG